GCUGCUUGCUAACACUAACCCAGCCUAAAUAUGGCUACCAGUAACAGUGACUGUUCUAACUCUGUGAACCAAGAACCAGCUGCUACCCAUCCCCCAGAACAGAUCACCCAGCAAGCUGAACCUGACUACGAUCUUGUUGAACAACCUGAUAAAGACUUGUACUGUCCAGUUACCCUUGAGAUUCUGGUGGAGCCACAUCAAACCGACUGCUGUGGACAGCACAUCUCAGAGAAAGCUGCUCAAAGGAUCAUCAGAGAUGGCAAGCCUUGUCCUAUGUGUAACAAUGCUCCCUUUAAAACGCUAAAAGACAAGUUCUUCAAACGAAACACAAUCAAUAAAUUGAAUGUUCGUUGUCCCCACAAGAAGAGUGGGUGUGAGUGGACAGGGGAACUGGGGGACCUGAAUCACCACACCACCUCCUGCCUAAAACGUCCCUGGAAGUGCCAAUAUUGCGAUUUUGAGUCCACCCACGAUAUUGGAACAAAUAACCACACCCCUUGCUGUGACAACUACCCCCUGCCUUGUCCCAACCAAUGUGAGAUUGGUACCUUCCCUCGCUGCCAAGCUGAUAGCCACAUUCUGGAGUGCCCCCUACAACUUGUGGAGUGUAAGUUUGCUGGAGCUGGAUGUGACGUGAAGGUUCCUCGAAGAGAUCUGGUGGGUCACAUGACAGAGAGUGUCCAACAGCACCUCCUGACAGCCACCCUCCUCAACCUGCAACUAACGAGAGAGCUACACCAGAAAAUGGAGGAGAAAGACCAGCAAAUAGUCGACUUGCAGAAACGAGUGAAGGAACAAGGCAAUACUAUCGAUACCAAGAUUCAACAAUUAGACGCAAAAGUUGAUACAAAAUUCCAACAACAAAAGGAAAAAGCGUAUGAUCUACACACAAAAGUUGCUACUAAAUUUGAAAAUCUUGAUACCAAGUUCCAAGAUCUACAGGCAAUAGUUGAUACCAAGGCUGAUCAACAAGCUAGAAACCUUGACACAAAGGUCAGUGACCUAAAGGUCACGAUGGAAGCCAACACAGUGAAGAUACAGAAUGAUUUGUUAUUGCUACUGAAAGGGUUUUCCUGCCACGAGUUUACUCUCACUGAGUUUACGAAACAACAAGCAAAAGGCGGCUAUGGAUACUGGAAUGGUGGAGAGUUUACUACAAAAGGAUGGAGGUUCUCAUUCUGUGUGUAUACAAAUGGUGCUGAAUCUGCUAAUGGAACACAUUUGACAGUCAGCAUCUAUAAACGCGAUGCUGCUGCCAAAACAGAAGGUGUAUCUAUCCUACAGAUGCUCAACCAGCUGGGUGACCAUGGACACUACAUAGGAACGGAAACAAGAAUUUUGAAGGAGAAUAGAAUAUGUUUUGGUGACUCGUACAAAUUCUGUCCUCUGGAUCGCCUAGGUUACUGUGCUGGCACAAACACCCAGUACCUCAAAGACGACUGUCUCAAGUUCAAACUGUUUAUGAAAGUGAAGGCUCUCUAAAUAGUAAACAACAUUGGUUACUAUACCGUGACUGUAUCUUAGCAAUUAGUGUGAAUUUUGACUAUUCUUGAAAGUUAAAUUGAUGAUCCAACAUAAUUAA